AUGGCAGCCUUCAGCAACAUACAAAGAGACGGAGUAGACAUGGUAUCAAAGUACCGGACAGCAGUCAAUGACAAGCGGAGGUUCAUCCUUUUAUCCCGCGGGCGGAAGCUAGAGACGAGAUCGUCAUCCCGUGCCUUCCUCCACAAGUGGGAAGUAGGAAGGUUUGUAAUCAAUACCAUCACUCAUACUUCAUACCAGCAUGCCUUCCUCAACAUUUCACUUGCUGUCAGACAGUCGCCGGCUCUUGCAGCAACAUCCCUAUCACUCGCGGAACGCUGA